AUGAUUUCUGACGAACAUUACGAUCUUUGUCGACCUAUUCUCGACGACCCGACAAUAGAAGAGGAGGAUAAGACAGAGCGUUUGGAGGAGGUGCUGGGUAAAGUGCCUGGUCUGAAGGGUGCAGCCUUGGAAAAUGCUGUCCUUGACGCCCUAUGGAAACAUCGAAAUGCUCAACGCGGAGAGACUGCCGAGACUCCCUUGCGACAUAAUGUCAUUCGCAAGUCAUCUCCCGCUCCCUGGCAGACCAACCGUGCACCUACGCCCCUAGGGUCGCCUCCUCCGCUCUCCUCGAGCCCGGCGCUCUCGGCAGGAUUUCCAGCCUCGCGGCCCAGCUUCUCCCGCCAGAAGUCCAAUAUCCCGUCUCCUUUUGUAUCUCCUCGGCCGUCACCACGCCUUGCUCUGGCGCAACCUAUCCCUCACAGUCCGAGCCUGAACGCUUAUGAGUUCUCCGACGCGAGUCCUGCCCCGGACACUUACGGCGACUAUGGGCAUGAGAAUGUUGACUGGCUGCUGGCUGACGAGACCACCAGUAACGCUUCUUCCACGGGCACCGGGGGCUUGAGCGCUGCUGCACCAGAAUGGGUCCCUCAACCAGAUAUGAGUCCCUAUGACAUCUUGCGUUCCGUCCUGGGCGAUCGAAAAACGGAUGAAGAAAUCGAGGAAGCACUGAAUAAGAACUCGUACGACUUAGGGGCUACCAUUGCGUCCUUGCUUGGAACAGACACUGCCGAUACACAAUACACGGGGGUUCCGUCGACCGAGAAUAACGUUCUGGUCGGCAAAUCCAUGGCAGUAAAUCCUGCUCGACCUUCCACCCCUGGCCCCCAAAAGAAUCCUAUCGUCUGUAAAUACUGGCUUACAUCAGGCUCCUGCCUUCGUGCUGACUGUCGUUUUGCUCAUGAUACAAGCGGCUAUCUGUGCAAAUACUGGAUGAACGGGAACUGCCUAGCUGGCGAUGCUUGCCAGUUCUCACACGAUCCCGCGCUUCUUAUCAAUCAUCUCACAGUUGGCGAAGGUCCUGGUGCUCCACAGCCUUUUCAACUCCAAGAUCACUACGAACAAUUUCCCUCACUUACCAACCAGAAUGUCAGGAACACCCUUCAAGCUGGUCUGGCCGCUGGUAAUAUAUUCGUUCCUGCUAAUCAAAAGAAUCGUGGUGCUUUGGGUAAUUUGGCCGUCGGUCCUCGAUCUCAUUCUCGACCCAGCUCGCGUCAUCAGAAUCGACCGGAGACACCGUCUUCCUUGUCGAUGGACGAUCCCGAAGCGUUUCCAACUUUGGGCUCUGCGAAACGAGGAUCCAAGCAUCACGGCCACCGGUCUAGACAUGGUCAUGGAAGCGUAGAGAAGGAGACGCCCUCGUCACUCGCAGACGUUGUUCGCAUGUCUCCAUCCCCUGCUACCGGUCAGCAGCGCAAAGCCGAGGCAGGACGGAAGAUCAGAACAUAUGGAGGCUCUGAGAGUGCGGCAGCACGAAAAAUUCCCGAACCUCAGCACAUCCCGUGGCUUGAGACAGGGGCCCGUGCCAAUCAGCAGUAUUUGAAAUACAGACAGGAAGCGAUAAAGCACGGAAGUAUACGAAAUAAGUUCCUGCAGAGCGCCGCACAAGCAUGGAACCGGAACGACGCCCGGGCUGCAAAGGCCCUAUCUCUCCGGGGCCAGGCCGAAAAUGAUGCAAUGCGUAAAGCACACCGCGAAGCCGCCAAGGCUCUCUACGAGGAAAGAAACAAACAUCUCUCCACCUCUCCCGUUGACGACGACGAAGAACUGUACAUUGACCUCCACGGUCUGCAUCCCGAAGAAGCCAUCGAGUACCUUGAGAACAUCCUCCUGACCCAUUCUAAGAGAGGCAGAAGGAUCAUCUAUGCGAUCACGGGCACAGGCCAUCACUCCAAAAAUGGUAAGGACAAGGUUGGAAAAGGGGUACGGAACUGGCUGAAUGAAUGGGGUUACACCUUUCGCGAAUUUAGUGUACCUGGCGAAAGGGGCGGAUACAUCGGUGGCGUGCUGGGUAUUGACAUCACAAGUCACAGGCGCCAGCCCAUCUCCGCCGAUGAAAAGGGGGAUGCGGCUGAACAAUCUGAGACUUCCCCGACGCCAGCUGUAGUGACGGCCGUGGGAAGUGGAAAGAUCCAGGUUCUGAAGCGCGAGGAAGUGCCGGCCUGA